AUGGUCUCGAAGAAGCAUGACGAAUACGACUACCCUAAGGCGGAGUAUCAACUGGUCGAUUAUUCUGACGGGUAUUACAAGUACGAGGACGACAAGAGUACUGAGGAUGUUGGGAAUGACAAUGACGACUUGCCUGAUGACUAUCACUUGGCAUCGGCCGCCAAGAAGAGGGGCUGCUUUCCUAAAAACGCUACUAACAAACUAAAACACUGGCUUUUUCAAAAUCUUACGGUAAAUUUUUGGGGGAAAAAGAUUGUUUUAAAGGUUGAAAUUUCAAAAAUUAAAUUUGGUUUUUAUUUUCUGCCCAAAAAACGGUUUUAAAUUUGAUUUUUGGCUACAUAAAAAUGACCUGAAAUGUAAUUUUGUUACCUAAAAAUGACCUGAAAUGUAAUUUUGUUACCUAAAAAUGACCUGAAAUGUAAAUUUGUCACCUAAAAAUGACUUGUAAUCUACUUUUGUUACCUAAAAUUGACUUGAAAUGUAAUUUUGUUACCUAAAAAUGGCUUAAGAGUUUAAUUUUUAUAUCAAAAACUAGGCAUAAACCUGAUUUAUUAUCUAGAAAUUCUUCUUGUUUGUUACCCAAAAAAUAGCUUUUAAAGUUUAUUCUUAGCCACAAAACGAUUUUAAAAUAAAUUUUUUUUUAAUUUUUAAAAUUUUGCAAUUUAAAAAAGUUAAAAAUAAGGUCAUAACUUGAUUAAAAAUCAAUAAAAAGUCGAAAAAAUUCAAAAUAACUGCAGCUUAACACAAAUAGAUAUAAAAAUAUAUUGCACUUUGCUGUGUGAAAUUACCGUAUGCUCCUAUACUACUAAUGCUUUUGCACUGCACUUUUUUUACAAAAAAAUUUUUUUUUGGUUUUGGAAAGGUUGUUAUCACUUACAUUCUUACUUUAUCACUAACUUUUUUUUUCUUUGAAGCUUGUCAUACCCUAACCUCUUCAGUGAUGAUGCUCAUGACCCAGCUUGUCAUUUUUGGCUGAGAGAAGGGGUCUUUAUCUCCUCCUUACAUUUUUUUGCACUGCUUAACCUUGCCCAGUUAUGGUUUUACUAUUGCACAGCUUGAUAUUUUAUUUAACUUUAACUAUAGAGCAUUUAAAAAGUUUUGUCGUUUUUUAAUACUAGUUUCAGCGAGAAAAACAGACAAAACUUUUUUAAUGUUUGGUUUUGAUGAUUUUUCUCUUUUUCUUUGAUUUAUUCUUUAUUUUCUACUUUUAUGUCAUCAUUUAUGGCUCAUAUUACAUCUUUUUUAAAUGAUUUUCAACUUUUUUUGAAAUUUCAAAAUUUAAAAAAAGUCUCUGUACCAACUCUCAUUUGACCAUUCUUUUAAAGGUGAUGACAAUGUCUCAAACGGCUCAUUGAACGAAGAUGGACGUGACUCGGUGAACAGUGAUGGCAACGCACCGUCCGAACGGUCGAAACGAAAAGUGCCCAAGGUGUUUAGCAAAGAGGCUAUUACCAAGUUCAGGGCAUGGCUUUUCCAGAAUCUUGCGGUUAGUAUUACUUCAGACUAGCAAUUUUUAAAAGUGGCAUUUUAGGGUUAUAUUGAUUAAAAAUGACGUUUAAAAUGUUAUUUUCAAAGAAAAAAUUGAAAAAAACCAACUUUUAGGUACAAAAAUAGUGCAAAAGCAUACUAAAGAGCAUACGGUUUACAAAGCAAACUUACUGUAAUAAAAGCUACAGUAAUCCUACAUAUAAAACAUUUUUAAAAUUUUAAAGUUUUGCAACUCUUUUAGGCUUAUCUUAUUUAUUUUUCAGCACCCAUACCCAUCAGAAGACCAGAAGAAGCAGCUGGCUGGAGAGACAGGUCUGACAAUUCUACAGGUCAAUAACUGGUAAGUGAAAUAUCUUAUAACAAUUUUUAUGGUUUCAUAUACAUUUAGGCUUAAAAAUGAACUUUUAGGCUUAAAAGUGAAUUUUAGACUUAGAACUGAUGUUUUAGGCUUAAAAUGAAACUUAGGUUUAAAAAUGAACUUUUUGGCUGAAAAAUGAAUUUUAGGCUUAAAAAUAAACCUUUAGGCUUAAAAAUGAAGCUUAGACGUAAAAAUGAACUUUUAGGCUUAAAAGUGAAUUUUAGACUUAGAACUGAUGUUUUAGGCUUAAAAUGAAACUUAGGUUUAAAAAUGAACUUUUUGGCUGAAAAAUGAAUUUUAGGCUUAAAAAUAAACCUUUAGGCUUAAAAAUGAAGCUUCGACGUAAAAAUGAACUUUUAGGCUUAAAAGUGAAUUUUAGACUUAGAAAUGAUGUUUUAGGCUUAGAAAAGUGGUCUUAGACUUAAUGAAGUAGGGCUUACAGAUAGAUAGAUUUUAAGCUUAAAAUUAGGACUUUAGUCUUAAAAAUGAGAGUUUAAGCUAAAAAAUGUAUUUCAAAUUGAAUCCAUUUCCUUUCAUUUUUAUUUUCUUUUUGCUUUGUAAACAAAGUUCCUUCCACCUUUUUCUAAUCUCACAUAAACCCGUUACAUAUUCAGUGUUCUUUGAAAUUGUUUUUGAAAAACCGCCAGAAAUCCCUUUCCAUCCCGCAGUCCCAUCACACUUGAUGGAUGGGGCCAGCUGCUCAUUGCAAGAAAAUUGUCGCAAUCUGCAUUUUAAGGUUUUUGGAGAGAGUGUUGAGGAAGUAGAGAUUGGUUAGAGAAAGAGAUUUUGGAUAAAUUCAAGAGAAAAUAGCGUGUGUAAUGAAGAGAACUGUCGAGUUGGAGAUUAAAAAUUUAAUACAGUAAAACGGCUUAGGUCUAAAAUAAUAUUCGUAAACUGAAAUUGACCUUGUAAGUCUGAAGGUAUAAUUACAUACCUAAAAGAUAUUUUUUAAGAUCUCAGUUUAGUUUUAAAGCUGAAAUUUCAUUUUUAAGCUUAAACUUUAUUUUUAAGCCUAAAAUUUCAAUUAUAAGCCUUAGAUUGAUUUUUAAGCUUAAAAUUCAUUUUUAAAACUAAAACGUCGUGUUAGGUUUCAUUUUUAAGCUUAAAAUUGCAUUUUUAAGCCUAUGCUUAUCUUUAUAAGCCUAAAACUCAUUGCUAAGCUUAAGAUGUUACUUUUAACCCAAAAAUUUGCUUUUUGAGCCUAAAACUUCAUCUUUAAAACUAAAAUUCAAUUUUUAACUCUGAAACUUCAUUUUUCAAUCUAAAGUUUAUCAUUUUUAAGCCUAAAAAUAAUUUCUAAACCUAACUUUAGUAAAAUUUUAUCUUUUGGCUCAAAUAAUCAAUAUUUGCAACCCUUUCUACAAUUUUUCCUAAAAUUCAUCGUUUUCAGGUUCAUCAACGCCCGCCGCCGGAUCGUGCAGCCAAUGAUCGACUCGAACAAUCGUGCCGGUAACAGUUCAAAUUGUCAGGUUUUUCGGAAUCGCCGGAGGAAAAAUUCGGAUAAAUCGCCGUCGCCCGAAUGUCGAGUUUCGGUACCACCAGCACCAGGUUCGGUUGGAGCAGCUACGUCGACGACGUAUAGUCCAGACCCUGCAAUGUUAGUGUCUCCGGCGACCAGUACGUACCCCAUGUUUGGUGCUGGAUAUCCUGGGUUUGGGACACCGUAAGGUUUUUGGUUUUUGGAUAUGAUUCUUCGAGCCUAAGCUUUAUUUUUUAAGCAUAGAAUUGAGUUUUAAGCCUAUGAUCAAUUUUUCAAACUAAAAAUUAGGUUUUUAAGCUUAACUUUCACCUCUAAGCCUAAAAACACAUUUUAAACACAAAUUUGAGUUUUUAAGCCUAAAAUUUAUUUUUAAGCAUAAAAUUCAUUUUUAAGCCUAAAGUUCCUUUUUUUAAGCUUAAACUUGGUUUUUUUAAGCCUUAGGCUUAUUUUUAAGCCUAAAAUUCCUUUUUUUAAACCUAAAUUUGGUUUUUUAAACCUAUACUUCAUUUUUUAAGCCUAAAAUUCAUUUUUAAGCAUAAAAUUCAUUUUUAAGCCUAAAAUUCCUUUUUAAGCCUAAACUUGGUUUUUUAAGCCUAAGCUUAAUUUUUAAGCCUAAAAUUCCUUUUUUUUAAACUUAAAUUUGGUUUUUUUAAACCUAUACUUCAUUUUUUAAGCCUAAAAUUCAUUUUUAAGCAUAAAAUUCAUUUUUAAGCCUAAAAUUCAUUUUUAAGCCUAAAAUUUCUUCUUUAUGCCCAAAUUUCAUUUUUUAAAAUUAGGUUUUGGCCUUAAGCUUAAAACCUUAUUUCUUAAGCCUAAAAUCAAAACUUUUUAAUUUUCAGAGGUUUUCCAUCCCAAAUGUUUAUGCCUGGAAUGGUAGGAGCGUACAACAUGACACCGAGCAAUUUGACUGGCAGUUGGGUCGAUUUCAGCUCUAAUCUUGGCUCUAUGGACAAUUAG